GAGCGAGCAAACGGGGAAGUGGCACGUUCUGUUUAUGUGAGGCAAAGAUGGCAGAGAGCAGCCCCAUAGUAGUGAAGCGAUGCGAUUCUGCAUGUGUAUCUGCCGUGAGCAUGGAGGCUAUCUCAGCUCUGACGGAGCUGGAUGAUCUGGAGCGGGUCUACCAGCAGCUCUGCACCGAGGAGAAAAAGGUGGAGACUGAGCUGGAGAAGUUGGUUGGGCAGCAGGGGAACAUUGACACCAAGAUGUACUUUAGAGAGGGCCCAACCUGCAGCUGAUAGGAGGAGAUGCCAGUCAGCUGUCUGGCAUGAUUACAUUCACGUGCAGCCUGGCAGAGAAUGUCAGCAGUAAAGUCCGCCAGCUAGACCUGGCAAAGACCCGGCUUUAUAAGGUUAUCCAGCGGGCUGAUGACAUCCUGGACCUGAAGUUCUGUACAGACGGCGUUCAGACGGCGCUACACAAUGAGGACUAUGAACAGGCUGCCGCCCACAUUCACCGCUACCUUUCUCUCGACCAAUCAGUCAUUGAGCUAAGUCGCCAAGGAGAAGAGAGCAGUGCUGUGGAUGCUAGCCUUGCCAUGCUUCAAGUGGCAGAGCAGCGAUUGAAAGUCCUGGUUGUGGAGAGACUGGAUGAGGCUGUUACCAGGGGUGAUCUGGCACAGGUGGAAAGAUUCUUUAAAAUCUUCCCUCUGCUUGGCCUCCACGAUCAAGGCCUGGCUCGCUUUGGCCAGUACCUCUGCAGCCAGCUGGCCUCUAAAGCAGAGGAGAACCUGCUCUUGGCUGUGGGAGGAGAGCUGGGAGAGAGGAGAGCUGCCCUGGUCUUUGCUGACACCCUGACUCUGCUGCUGGAGGGCAUAGCUCGUGUUGUGGAGACCCACCAGCCCAUCGUAGAGACGUACUACGGUCCAGGCUACCUGUAUACUCUCAUCACUCACCUGCAGCAGGAGUGUGACCGACAGGCUCAGAAAGUAGUUGACAAGUUCAUCCAACAGAGAGACUACCACAACAAGUUUCAGAUCGUCCAGAGCAGCAUGAUGAAGAGUGUGCCCACUGAGAUGAUUGAACCCAGGGAGCUGGAUCCUGUAUUACUGGAAGUCACUCUGAUGAAUGCCAGGUCGGAGCUUUACUUAAGAUUCCUGCGCCGUCGCUUGAUGGCCGACUUUGAGGUUGGGGAUGCUACGGCAACACCUGGCAUCGUCCAAGAGCACAAGCAUAAUGUGGAGAAACUGCUGAAACACUGCAUGCUGGGCCAGCUCAUGCAGGAGCUGAUUGGCUACUACAUUCCAAUGGAGGAGUACUACAUGAGGGAGACCGUCAGCAAGGCUGUAGCUAUGGACACAUAUGAGAAGGGUCAGCUGACAUCCAGCAUGGUGGAUGACUGUUUCUACAUUGUGAAGAAGUGCAUCAGCAGAGCCCUGUCCAGCUCCAGCAUUGACUGCCUGUGUGCCAUGAUCAACCACUCAACCUCAGUGCUAGAGUCUGACUUCAGGGAGGUGUUGUAUAAUAAGCUGAGGCAGGGCUUCCCUGCGACCACGCUGCAGGACAUCCAGCGUGGGGUGAGCAGUGCAGUGAGUCUGAUGCAGAGCAGCCUGCAGCAGGGCAAGUUCAACAACCUGGGCAUUGACAGCGCAGAGGUCGCCAAGGCUGCCUUCCUGGUGACUCUGAAUAAUGUGGAGGUGUGUAGCGAGAACAUCACCACUCUGAAGAGGAACCUGGAGAGUGAUUGCUCCAAGUUGUUCACUCAGGGGGCGGGAUCAGGAGAGCAAGCUAAGAUUGACAGCUGUCUGUCAGACAUGGUCAACACAUCCAGCAAGUUCAAGGAUCUCUUGCAGGUUGGAGGAUGCAGAAGUAUACUCAGAUCAGAGAGACACAUGAUCUGUCUCUGUGCAGAGGGCCUGACGGAGCUGAACACCACAGCCAUCAAGCCUCAGGUCAAACCGUGGAUCAGCAGCUUCCUGUCCAUCUCACACAACAUAGAGGAGGAGGAGUUUAAUGAGUACGAGGCCAACGACCCCUGGGUCCAGCAGCUCAUCGUCAACCUCAAGCAGCUCAUGGCAGAGUUCAAGGUAACCAUGGUUCUGCUUAGCUUCAGGAAUAAAUAUCUUACAUUAGCAUUUUAUAAACUAUUUAUUUUCUCUUCUCCCCCUCUUUAUAAUCUCUCUGUCUUGUUCUCUCAGGCGGGGCUCUCUUCAGUUAUCUAUGACACACUGACCAGCCUCAUGACCAGUUUGGUCUCCAUGGAGAUGGAGAAGACCGUCCUGAAGUGCACCUUCAGCAGGCUGGGAGGGCUUCAGUUUGAUAAGGAGCUGCGUUCUCUGGUGGCCUACCUCACAACUGUCACCACCUGGACUAUUAGGGACAAGUUUGCUCGGCUGACUCAAAUGGCCACCAUCCUCAACCUGGAGCGGGUAACAGAGAUCCUGGAUUACUGGGGCCCGAACUCUGGUCCUCUAACGUGGCGUCUGACCCCAGCGGAGGUCCGGCAGGUUCUGGCGCUACGCAUCGAUUUCCGCAGUGAGGACAUCAAGAGGCUCCGCCUCUAACUCUGCUACCCAGAGACUGUGCUGGUGCACAUGUUACAUGGGAAUAGACUCAUGCUGAUUGGUCUUUGAGGAAAAAGAGGAAUGUGCAGGUGGAUCCCCUGAGAGGAAGUCCCUGCUGCUUCUGACCUCUGCUGGCCUCAUAGGAGGAGGAAGAGGUUGCCCCUAACUACAGAUACAGGGAUAGAUAUUUGUUUAACCCCGAAAUGGUUGCAGUUAGGUUUGAGGGUAGUGAGAUCUGAUCCUAGAUCUGUAGUUAAUGCUACUUCGAAUUCUAGCGGCCUCAUACAGCCAAUCAAAGCUAGGAGUAACAGCAGUAAUGGAACUAUGGGAUUGUGGAACAGUGGGAUUAUGGAUUUGAGCCUUUUGGCUUGGAUUAAUAAAUAUUAUGUAACAUAUUAAAUGUAAAAUAUUAAAGUGUUCUCUCGAA